GUACAGCAGAAAAAUUGAAGAAGAGGAAAUUAAAAAGAACCAGAUCUACUUUUAAAAUGAAGACAACUGUUGCAUUUUUCGUUUUCUGCAUUGCUGUUCUGUGUGUUAAUGCUGCACCAGCCAUCAACACCAACAACAAAGGCAAAGAAAAUGCAUUGGUGAAUGCUGUCAAUGACGCUAUAGAAAACAACCAAGUUAACGACGACGAACAAUUACCCAACGGCGAGAUCGAAGAAAAGGAUUAUCCUGAAGAGGAGGAUGAAGAUGAUGAAGAGGGAGAAUUAGAUGAAAAUGAUCCUUAUCAAGCCCGCUCUUAUCGUAGAUACGGACGAUAUGGUGGAAGUUAUGGUAGGUAUACUGGCGGAUAUACUGGUCGGUACAUUGGAAGUCGAUACAGUGGUCGAUAUUCCCAAAUUGGGUCAAGAUAUGGUUCUUAUGGUCGAUUAAGUCGAUACCGAUCAUACCGACCAUCUUAUGGUUCGUCGUACGGCCGAUACACCACUGGACGGUACAAUCGCUACAGUCGAUAUGGAAGCCGUGGUCGUUACAACCGAUAUGGAAGCGCAUAUAGGCGAUAUACUCCUCGAUACAGAUCAUACACUCCUCGAUACAGAUCAUAUCGUCGAUAUAGUUCCGGUCGUUAUGGAUCCAAAUAUUAGAUUUAAAUUUUUGGUAUUAUUCUGGUGUAGGUUAUAUUUAAAAUAAAUCAAUUUUUGGAAUCCCUUUAUUUCUAACACAAAAAAAAUAAAUUCGCAUUCAAAAAGCUACACAAAUGAAACACGCAUGCAUAAAAACGGAUGUGCUUUUUGUUCUUUAUUCUUUAACGUGUUGUUAUAUCCACCUGGUGACAGAGUUACAAGAUGUUGAUUUUGCUAUGUUCUUAAUGCGCAUGUAGCAGCUAAUAUUGUAUAACUAGGGAAAACCGAAGACAAA